CUUGAAUUAUUCGGGUUUCAAAACAUUGCUGUUGCAGUAUAAAAACAAAACUUAAUUAGGGCUUCAUUAGAAGUUCUAGGGUUUUACUGGUUUGGGUCGCAGAAGUCGAAAGUUCGCCAGUUAUUGCCUUUCUCCCGCUGAUCAAUUUGCAAUAAUGUAUCUCCAGUUUUACAUAAAUGAGAAUGGAGACAAAGUGUACACCACCAAGAAAGAAUCACCACUUGGGUUGGCUACAGAAUCUGCUCAUCCAGCUCGCUUCUCCCCUGAUGACAAAUACUCAAGGCAAAGAGUUCUUCUGAAGAAGCGAUUUGGAUUGCUGCCAACCCAAAAGCCACCUCCAAAGUAUUGAUUACUCCCGGGCCUUCCCUUUGGAGUGUAUUUUGUGGCUUGAGCUUUCCUUCUCUGGUGCCAGUUGGUGUGUGAAGUACGUGACUUUUUUUUUGUAGCUGUUCAAAUUAAUACCAGUAUGGUGUGCCUGUGUUUGUGGACCAGUAUUCAAAUUCAAACCAAUAACCCAGUAAAAGGUGUUUUUGCAUUUGGUUUAUUGAAGAAAUCAAAUGGCCUUUUAUAUUGAGCAUUACUAUAAUUGAGAAACCUUGGAAUUGUUGGCGAA